GAAAUUAAUGACCAAAUUACACUUCCAAAAAACCAGCGUCUUAUAUGUUUAGGAAUGAUUUAGAAGUUCAUAAAUAAUAUUAGUCUGAAAAAGUUGUAGUAGAACCUAACUGAUAUGGAAACACCAUUGUUAAUCAAAAGCUUUACUUCAGAAAAUGAUUACUUGGCAGUGAAAAGUUUGAAGGAUGUUAAACAUGUUUUGUGGAGUGAGACAGUGAAGAUAUGGAAGAUAGCACUUCCAGUGGCCUUGUGUUCACUGUUUCAGUUCCUCACAAACUCUUCAACUUCAGUCUAUGCUGGUCAUCUUGGAGACGUUGAGCUUUCUUCUUUCUCUCUUUUUCAAAGUAUCAUCAACUGCAUCUAUUCCUUGCUGUUUGGUAUGUCAACUGCACUAGCAACACUCUGUGGCCAAGCUUAUGGUGCAAGACAAUUUCAAAGUGCUGGUAUUUAUCUUCAAAGGUCAUGGAUUAUACUCUUCACCACUUGCAUACUAAUCUUGCCUAUUCAUAUAUAUGCAACCCCAAUCUUAAAAUUUCUUGGCCAAGAACAAGAAAUAGCUGAUCUAGCUGGCAAAUAUGCAAUUCAAAUAAUUCCUUGCAUGUUUUCCUUUGCUAUCAAUUUACCCAUCAAGAAAUUUCUUCAAGCACAAUGCAAAGUUAAUGUUAUUAUGUGCAUAUCACUAUUGUUUUUACUCAUACAAAAUGGUCUACUUUACAUCUUCAUUUCUGUAUUUGAGUGGGGAAUAUUUGGCUUAGCUCUGGCAAGUAAUAUCACAGGAUGGGGAUUUUCUAUUGCUCUAGUAAUUUAUGUCAUUGGUUGGUCCAAAGAAGGAUGGAAUGGAUUAUCUUGGAUGGCAUUUAGGGAACUAUGGGAAUUUACAAUACUAAGUCUUGGUUCAUCUGGAAUGAUUUGUUUAGAACAGUGGUAUAGUGUUUGCAUUAUCCUUCUUGCUGGUCACCUUGAUAAUCCUGUGAUUGCUCUUGGUUCCUAUUCAAUUUGUCUUAAUAUUCAGGGUUGGAACUCCAUGCUGCUUCUUGGAGUAAGUACAGCAUUAAGUGUUCGUGUCUCUCAUACACUUGGAAUGUCGCAUCCAAGAGCAUCCAAAUACUCUUUCUUGGUAGCAAUGUCUCAGUCUCUUCUCAUUGGAAUCAUUUUCAUGACUGUUAUUUUCUUGAGCAAACAAGAAUUUGCCACCAUCUUUACCAAAAGUGUGGAUAUGAUACAUGCUGCUAGUGAAUUAGCAUAUUUUCUUGGUAUAACCAUGGUUCUCAACAGUAUUUCACAAACUAUAUCAGGUGUGGUCAUUGGAUGUGGAUGGCAAGUUAUGGUUGGUUACAUAAACUUGGGAUGUUAUUACAUUAUUGGACUCCCUAUUGCAAUUUUCCUUGGUUUCAACCAGCAUUUAGGGGUCAAGGGUUUAUGGGGAGGCACGAUAUGCGCCAUUAUUCUUCAGAUAAUAAUCCUCGUAGUCAUUAUUUGUAAGACCAACUGGACCAAGGAGGUAGAGCAAACAGCAAAUCGCAUGCAAAUCUGGAUCUCUAACAAGUAACAACCUUCAAAAGGACAUGUAUGAUAAUAGGCUAGGACUACUUAUUUGGUGCAAUGCAGAAGUUUGUUUUAAUUAUUUGAUCAAUAAGUUUUAUUAUUGAAUCAAAUGAGAUAUGUUGGGACAUAUUCCUCUUAAUCUAAUGGUGUAAAUAAAACUUAUGUGUGCAUGCAUUUGAUUUUGGAAGUUGAAUUUGAUGAGAUAUGGCCUAAUGUAUGCUUAUAA